AACUCAAGACCAAGGACUCAAAAGGACUGCACCUUUCAGCUCCUGAAACCUUGAUUUACUCACCAGAAAAGAGAAGACACGAUGUCAACUUCAGGACAAGUUGCCCAGGCAGCCCGGCGCCUGCUGCUCUCUCUUCUGCUCUUCGUUGCGUGGGAAACCGGCAGUGGCCAGGUCCGCUACUCGGUCCCCGAGGAGGCCAAACACGGCACCUUCGUGGGCCGCAUCGCCCAGGACCUGGGGCUGGAGCUGGCCGACCUGGUGCCCCGCCUGUUCCGGGUGGCGUCCAAAGGCCGCAGCGACCUUCUGGAGGUAAACCUGCAGAAUGGCAUUUUGUUUGUGAAUUCUCGGAUCGACCGGGAGGAGCUGUGCGGGCGGAGCGCGGAGUGUAGCCUCCACCUGGAGGUGAUCGUGGACAGGCCGCUGCAGGUUUUCCACGUGGAGGUGGAGGUGAAGGACAUCAAUGACAAUGCGCCUGUGUUCUCUCUCAGAGAACAAAAGCUGCUGAUAUCUGAAACAAUGGCUCUCGACACUCAUUUUUCACUAGAGGGCGCCGCAGAUGAAGAUGUCGGAGCUAAUGCUGUUCUGAAUUAUAGACUGAGCCCAAAUGAGUAUUUCUCUCUGGAAGUACCGAGCAACGAUGAGCAGGUGAAACCUCUGGAACUAGUGCUAAGAAAACCUUUGGACAGGGAAGUCGAUUCCGAGCUUCUCUUGGUGCUCAGAGCAACUGACGGAGGUAAACCUGAGCUGACAGGCACCACGGAGUUACACAUCACGGUACUGGAUGUAAAUGAUAACGCCCCGGUGUUUGACAAAGCCGUCUAUCGUGUAAAAUUACUUGAAAAUUCAAGAAACAGCACACUGGUUAUUAGACCCAAUGCCUCAGAUUUGGACGAUGGUUCAAACAGUCACAUUCUUUAUUCCUUUGCAAAAGAUGUCUCCCCUGUUACUAAAGCCUCUUUUCGCAUAGAUUCAGAUACUGGAGAAAUAAAAGUAAAUGGAAAAAUAGAUUUUGAAGAAAUGAAAUUAUGGAAGCUCCAUAUCGAAGCAGUGGACAAAGGCCACCCCCCAAUGUUUGGUCACUGCACAAUCCUGAUAGAAGUCUUGGACAUCAACGACAAUGCUCCAGAAUUGCACGUGAAGUCACUAUCACCCUCUGUUGCAGAAGACGCUCUACUGGGCACUGUCAUCGCCCUGAUCAGCGUGUCUGACCGCGACUCAGGUGCCAAUGGACAGGUGACCUGCUCGCUAUCACCCCAUGUCCCUUUCAAGCUGGUGUCCACCUUCAAGAACUAUUAUUCGCUCGUGCUGGACCGCACAUGGUGUCGCUCUUUACUCGGUGGAAGUAUUGAAUAG